CCUCGACUGCGUCGCUUCGUCCGUCGCAAGACGCUCGACCAGCCGCCGCAGCUCCUCAGCCCCUCGCGGCCGGUCAAUUCGGUCCUCGGGCGCCGUCGGCCCGGCCUCGAGUCGGCCGAUUCGGCGGCGGCGCCGCCUCUUGAAGCCGACCCAGUCACGGGGACGGCCGAGGCGUCGUCUGAACGCGGCCAGUCGGCGGCUCGUCUGAGCCAGCGAGUCGCGGCUGUCCUGUCCGCCGCCGUCGCCGUCCUCAUUCCGACCGGCGACAAGACGAACCUGCUCACGCGCUCCACGCCCAACACUGGCUCGAGUCAUCCGGUACCAUCGGCGACCGCGAUCACCACAACCGUCGCCACCGCUGAGCCGGUCGUGUCGACGGCGCCCGAGUCGGACGGCUCUUGCGACACCUUCUCAUUCCAUCUGCCUUGCCCCCUUCCCUCUGAGGCUCCCUCCGUCGCCGCUUUCUCGACGUCGUCCAGUCCGGGGCCGGCCUCCCCUCUUCACCUCGUCCGUCAGUGUCCGGCUUCUGUUGUCUUCGGCAGAAAGUGUGUACAGGUGAAAGCACUUCUGGUGAGUCGGCUAGCAUCGUCUCCACUGCUUCCGGGCUGUGGCGAUUUGGUAGUUUGUCGGCAUUUCCCUCGGCCGCCACUCCUAUUUCGGGCUUCUUCGUCUCCUGCUCGUGUUCGAGACGUGCUCUCACACUCCGCCUCAUUCAACCGAAUUCGUCUCCUUUCCAGCCUCUCGCUUCGACUCGUCUUCCCAUGUGGUAGUUGA